CAACUUCUGGAGGCAAGCUGUUCCACUGAUUAAUUGUUCUAACUGUCAGGAAAUUUCUCCUCAGUUCUCACAAGGGAGAAGAAUGGGAGGAAAUAUCCAAUUUUGGAUCAGAAAAUCCUUAAAAAGAAGACUUGAAAUAGUUAAAAUUUAUUAUGUUAAUGUACAAAUUAUCUUAUUAGUAUUUAAUAGAUGGAAAUGGCAAUUAAUAUUAUUAUUCAACCUUUCCAUCAAAAUGAUGCUUAGUUUAGUUCUAAGAAAAAUAAAACCCAGAGAAUAAUAAUUAAAACUAUAAUUUAAAAGUGGCUCCAAGUUCUACAGCAGGAGGCGCAAUAAUACAAUAAUUAAUGGGGGCAAUAUUGCAUUUUAAGGCCUACCAUUCUAUUUCCUCGGGCGCCAGGGACCAUCCCUCCGUCGGUCGUUUACUUUUUCAGACUAGUGAGAAAAUAUCAGUACUUUUAAAAAUUAAAUGUUGAAUAAAACUCAUUAAAACCAUAUUAGAUAAAGGGCAGAAAUUAAUCUAAAGCCCACAGGAAAGGGCAAUGCGAUUAUUUCUACUCAUUGUUUUUCCUGGUUAUCCAUUCUUUGUUCUAUCACCUCCUUGCAGCUUAUCCUGAUUUUAAGGGAGUCUCCUUAUUGGCAUGCCCAUUAUUUCCCUUAUUGGCAUGCCCGUGAUAUUUCGCCCAUUCUUUCCGAAGGAUAUUCCUGCCCUUCGCUAGGGCGUAUCGCAGCUGUCGCCCCCUCCCCACCGUUGGCGUCAUCCGAAACUGCGAUUUCCCUCCUCUCCACCUGCGGACGCUCCCGCCACUUCCUUUUCUCCCCCACCCCAAAUCUUCAAACCUAGCAGCCCCUCCUGCGCAAGCGGCGGCGGCGGCAGCCAAUCUCGCCCCGAUCGCUCCCGCCGCCUCCCCUACUUGCGUGAACGUAGGGCCAAGAGACAUUGCCCGGCGUCCUCUCGAAAAGCCGGCGUGCCGUGGGGCGGGAGGUGGGGGGGAGAAGCGAUUCUUUCCACAGAGGUCGUUUGUCUGUGCUGGGAGUAGGUCGGGACGAUUUCCCCCUCUUCUCCAUUGCAUCUGGAAGCGUCUCAAACGCGCCGCAGCAGAGGCAGGGAAUUCACUCAGCCCCGAAAAAAACGAGAGUCUCAGUAUCUUUUUUGAAUCGUGGGACCCAGAACUUGGAACUUGGAACCAGUACAGCUCAGAAUGGAUAGUAGCAAGAAAGAGAUGCUGGAUCAGAAGCCUCUCUUGGAAGUGCAAGUACUACUCUCCAUGGAUUCUGCUCCGGAUAGAGUCAUGGAUGGAGGAGCAGGGGGACUUACAGGGGAAAAGAUACCCUGGGAAAUGAUCACCCCUGUUUGCAGCUUUGAAAAACUCUGAAUCAUUCAGCUUUUGGGGAGCAAUAAGUUUUGACCUGCUAUUCUAGCAUGCUACUAUGGUUGAUGCCUGAUCAUUUAUUUAAUUGCUGAAAUGUGACGUGAUGAGCUACUGCCAAGAAUCUCAUAAGGAGGAUUAUCUACAAGCCAGUGAGGGCUUCAUCAUUCUUCAAGAAGAACAUUAAUAGUGAAAUUAAACAAUUAUAACUGAAAUGAAGUCUCAAAGAUACUAUCAGAAAUGCUAACAACAGGCAUGGUCAGAAGGUGAAUUGUGUGGGAAGCAGCGAAGGAUCUUUCUGCUGGUGGAAAUCUUGAUCUAUAUGCAGCAAACAAUUCAGAUGAUUGCUAUACUUUUGAGUGAUCAGAACUUGAGGGUAUCAGAUGAAAUAUCAGGUUCAUCUGUCAUUGCCUUACUGGAAUUUCUUUUAUAAUUAAGUUUUACUGCCAACGAUUUCAAGAAAUUUCACCCUUGAUAAAUGUAAGACUGGCCCUUGGAGCAAUACCACAAAGUGGGAAGAAAAGGGUGGGUAGUUCCAUCAUCUCAUCAUGGUGCUUCCACCCCCAGAUAAGCGCCAUGUGUGUCUUACUACCAUUGUUAUUAUGACCAGCAUGGCAUUCAUGGAUGCUUAUCUGGUAGAGCAGAACCAAGGGCCUCGUAAAAUUGGUGUCUGCAUCAUUGUUCUGGUAGGAGACAUCUGCUUUUUGAUUGUGCUGCGCUAUGUGGCCGUCUGGGUGGGGGCUGAGGUGAAGACAGCCAAACGGGGCUAUGCUAUGAUUCUUUGGUUCCUCUAUAUCUUUGUGCUGGAAAUCAAACUGUAUUUUAUAUUCCAGAAUUAUAAGGCUGAUAAGAGAAAUCUGGAGACGGUGGCUAGAAAGGCACUGACCUUGCUUCUCUCUAUUUGUGUGCCAGGAUUGUACCUAGUGCUAGUAGCCUUGGAUAGCAUGGAAUAUAUACGUACCUUCCGGAAGAAAGAGGAUUUGCGAGGGCGUCUCUUCUGGGUGGCCUUGGACUUAUUGGAUAUCUUAGAUAUUCAAGCCAACCUGUGGGAACCACAGAAGACUGGCCUGCCAAUCUGGGCAGAAGGACUCAUGUUCUUCUAUUGCUACAUAUUGCUCCUGAUCCUGCCCUGUGUUUCCUUGAGUGAGAUUAGCAUGCAAGGAGAGCAUAUUGCUCCCCAGAAAAUGAUGCUCUACCCUGUCCUGAGUCUGGUGACCAUAAACAUGGUUACCAUAUUCAUCCGAGCCAUUAAUAUGGUCCUGUUUCAAGACAGCAGAGUUUCUACAAUCUUCAUUGGCAAGAAUAUCAUUGCCAUUGCUACCAAGGUCUGCACAUUCCUAGAAUACAAGAAGCAAGUGAAGGAGUUCCCACAAAAUGCCAUUGCACUUGAGCUCCAGCAGAACUCAGUGCCCCACAACCAGUCCCUCCACAAUACACAAGGCCUUCCUCAUGAGCCAUCCCCCACCAGGGAGAUUUUGGACACAUGAUGAGCCUCUUCUUAGAUAUCAGCAUUGGUUCUUGUUUACUUGGAUGGAGAGAAUGGGCAGAGAAAUAAUACUGCUCUCAUUCCAGCGUAGAGAGCUGCUUCUAGCACAAGAUUUUAACAAAUGGAGGAACAUCCCCCUGCAACUCAGGUAUUUCCAAGGGGCCCUCUGGAAAGAAAACAAAACCAAUGGACCUUCCAAGCAGAACCUCAUCUACUCCAGCAUCUGAUCUUUUCUAUCUGUUUGUUACCUGUGCUUCAACUUGUAAGGAAUGAGAAUUUGUUAUCACAGCCUUUUUUAAAGAAAGGGACAGGGUGGGAUGGGGCAGGAUGGGAGAAUCAGGACUGGCACUUCAGUCAGUGCACCAGUAUAUUGAGUCUUAUUGGAAAUGGUUGUGUUUACAGUUUCUUAUUUUCAAACAAAACAAAAAAAGGUCCUGUAAAGUUGCUGCAGAAAACUGGAUUUGGGGCAGUUUUUUUAAAUCUUUACUAAAUAGAUCCUUUGCUCUGUUCAGUUCCACUCAGCAAGCAGCAGCCUCACUCAUUUGGCCAGGAAAGUUCUAACAUUGCCAAAGUCUUCAGCCAGCCCUUCAAAGAAUCUUAUUUAACAUCACAUCUCAUAUUUUAAGAACAUUUAAAAUGAUUCAGUGCAAGAUUUCUGUUUUUCAGAAAACAAGUAUUUCUGUUUCAUUCACGUGUGUGCACACUUGAGUUCUGAUGGAAUGAAGUUCCAGAGCUUUUCAAGCUACAUUGGCCUGGGGAAACAUACAGGUAGUACUAUAAAUGAAAACGGAGAUUCUCAGAAUGAUGAGCAUUCACUUUUAUUCCUGCAGCAGCUUAAUUUAUAACUGCUGCUUUUAUAUGAACUACACAGACAGCCUCUAAAAUAAGGUAUGGGACAACACCUUUAAGCAAAACCUAUUGGGACACAAAACAGAGCAACAGUUUCCCAGCAAAAAUGUUGCACAAGCCUGAAAGCAAUGCAAGACUAUUUUUUUCUUAGUGAUCUCCUAUUCCCUCACUGGUGUCUUGAUCACAUACCAACAGAUUUUUUUCCAGUGAGUGCUCAUUCUGCAUCAGAUACCUCAUUUGGCCAUGCAUAGCCAUUCCUCACUUAGCAACCUAAAACAAGGAAUCAAAUUUGUUCUUUUGCCAUCCCCAUAAAAAUAUAUAGUCAAUCUUAUUGUGGUGGGAUUUACUAUAUGCUUUUUAAGCUCAGUCUUGUCAUUAGGUAAGGAUAUGAACAUUUGGCCUAUAAGUAGAAAAUAUUCAACUUGUUUAUUACAGUGAAUGAAAGCAAAAGAAUUGGCAGAAGAGAGUCUAAACAUUCUUGUUGUACAAAGUAGCCAUUCUCUCAACCAAAAAAGGAGUGGAGAGGAAUGUAAAGGGAAGAGGCAGUAGGAACAUAAGUUUUGAAGAUACUACAUAUCUUGAAAGAUGCAAAUGUAUAAGGGUAAUGCAGUCUUGCUCUGCAUGGAUCUGGGGUAGGGUAUUGGGAAUUAACCAAGUCACUACCUACAUUGACCUUAUUGCUCUUACUAGUUUACUAAUUUUGGCCUCCCAAAACAUGUUCAGGGUGUUGCUAUCCCUGAAGGAAAUAUAUGAAGAUGCUUAGUGCAUUUCAUUAUUUUGUCAAUUGUCUGAGGUUUGUGUGAUGCAGCUCCAAAGAGUUCAGUCACACCUUGGCCUGUGCAUUUUAUUUUG